AGGCGGGGAGGAGACUGCUAGCAAUGGAAGCCCUGGAUGAGGAGCUGGUUUGUGCUGUUUGCCAGGAUAUCUUUGUGGAUCCGGUCACUCUGCCGUGCGGCCACAACUUCUGCAGCGGCUGCGUGGCGCAACUCAAGCGCUCGGCGUCGGCGUCAGAUGGGGGCAGUGCCAGCUCGUCCCGGGCGGUGCCCAGCUAUGCGUGCCCCCUGUGCCUGGCGAGCUGUGACAUGAGCCUGGAGCUGAGGCGGAAUGUGGCUCUGCACAACAUCACCGAGAGGCUGUGGCAGCGGGGGGAGGCCUCGGCUAGCACUCCCAGCUGCGAUCUGUGCAAGGGCCUGAAGAGAGCCUCGGCCGCCAAGACCUGUGUCAGCUGUGGGGAGUCUUUCUGUGCCUUGCACCUCCUGCCCCACCAGGAGAACCCGGCUUUCCGCCACCACGUCCUGGUCAGGCCGACCUGCCACAGCAGCCGCCUGUGCAAACAGCAUGGCAAAGAACUGGAGCUGUACUGCCAGACCGACAAAUGCCCUCUGUGUGCCUACUGCAUGUUACCAGGCGAGGCAUCUCACCUGGACCACCAGGUGCUCAAACUGACUGACGCUGCCUCUAUUUUCAAGAAUGACUGCAAAUAUAAACUGUCCAAAGUUGACCAAAAUCUGGCUGCUGUGGAAAAUGGUCUUUGCCAGUUGGAGGAAGCUGCCUCUGCCCAGAAGGAAAAGUUAGAAAAACGGCAACAGACACAUUUGAAUUUCUUCAGGAAAGUCCAGCUUUUUCUUGACAUUGAGGACCAAGCAUGGAAAAAAAGAUUUUCAGUUGCAACUGCCCAACUGAACCUGAUGGUUGACUGUGAGAAAUCAAAACUGAAGCAAUUACGAGCAAAACUACAGCAAGCUAAAGGUACUUUGCAGAUUGGAAUUUGUGUCAACAACCCUGUGCAAUUGCUGCAGAUUCUGGACAGUGUUAAAAGCACUGAGAUUCAGGAACAGGACCUUGGUUUAAAAGAUCUCCGGGAUGUGACAAACAACUUACAAAAUAUAGAGGCGUGUUUUACAAAGAGCAUAAAUAGUCGGAGAAUUUUAACAUCUUUGGGUGAAUUGUUUUCAAGUCAGGCUAUUCAAUUGGAUGCGAACAGUGCUCAUCUUCAGCUGAAAAUAAGCAGGAAGGGCACAGCAGUUGAAGCUGUUGAAGCAAAGCAAAGUAACUGGUGUAAUGCAGAACGUUUCAGCACUUCUCUCAAUGUACUUGCCACCACAGGAUACAUCACUGGACUCCACUACUGGGAAGUUAACGUGAAAGACAUUCCUUCCUGGGCUGUGGGGAUAGCCUACCAGAGUAUUCCACGCAUGCUUCCAGGAAGCAAACUGGGAACUGAGGAAAACUCAUGGGCAUUUUCUUGCUCAGAAAGAGGCCUUUAUUGUGCCCAACAUGACACGGAGGUGAUGUACUUCCACUAUGAAAACCAACUGGAAAACGUUGGAGUCUAUCUGGACUGUGACAGUGGCAUUCUUGCGUUUUGUGAUGCAGAAUCAGUGCGGUGUUUGUACACGUUUUAUUGUACACUAAAGGAACCAGUGUUUCCUGCCUUUUGUCCAAAAUUUGAUGACAGUGAAGAAUUUUCAGUGGUUCCCCUGGUAGUCCACAGUGGUAUUAUUGACUGAAAUAGAUGAUCAUAUGUGGUGCCUGUUAGAGUACAAACAUAGAGACUUGCUGAUUGGUGGUGACAUCUCCAGCAUCAUGGGAGUUCUCAGACUUACUUCCUGCUUCUGACGCUAUCUCUGUCCCCAUAUUCGCUUUGUAGGGCUGAAACCUGCAGUCACUGAUUUCCAGUGUUACACUUUGCAUUUCAUUUACUUUCUUCUUGAUUUUAAACCAACUUGUAUUCAUUUUUUUAACUUUACUUCAUCAAAGUUGAACUAUUAUUCCAUGAUGUAAUUAAUAGUAAUCUUAAUAACUACAAACUUGUUUAUUCCUCCAAGGGCUAUUAUGUGGCUGUUGUUUUGUCUGAAAUUGUUUUGUUUUCAGCUCGUCUUGCUAGAUUUCCUAAAAUAAAGCUGUUUUUGAUUUAAUGAUCCUGGAAAUACAAGUCAGGGCCGUGAAUGCAUACAGGGUGGUCAACUACAGUGUAGAAUCAGGAAGUGGAGUUUGAUUUACCCACAGUUUAAUUGAUUGGUGGGUGGGAGAUGUCAUCAAAGGGAUGUGUAAAAAGCCUGAGUUCUGUGGAGUCUGCAAACAUUGCAGUACCUGUGAGAGGGGUUUGACAGGGGACUCAUGAUUGUCACUCCCUCUUAGCUUUGAGGAAGUCUGGAAGAAGGCUGAACCCUGGGGCCUGAAAUUGGACUUAAAGGGACACCGCAUCCACCAUUCGGUGCAGUAACUGGAGUGGGAUAGUCAGCCACUGAAGACUGUGGAGGAAUGGACAUCAAUGGAGUGAUGAACCAGAGGGUCCACCCUGUGCAUGGAUAUUCACAGAUUUGGUAAUGUGCGUGUCUAGGGCAACAUUAUCUGGGAGCUGUGUUGAACAGAUCAAUUUGGGGUUACCAUUUGUGCUAUCAUUAAGUUGCCUUUCUUCCUUUGUGGGUAUGUUUAUAUGCCCGUAUAUACAAUAUGUACAGAAAGAGUGUUCAUUCUUUAAAAUGAGUUUAUCUUUUUAAUGUUACUAAUUUGUUAAUAAAAUUGUUGAUUGCACACUA